AUGGCGGAACAGCCGUCGCUGCGCACGUACGACCCUCUCUAUCCAGAGCCAGUUGAGAACAAGUAUCUCCUGGGCAGGAUGUUCGAAUUCCGUGACGCUUUCGAGCCCGUUUUCGCCCGUCAGACGGCGAAAGUGAAACGUCAGGCGGCCCUGGCACUUAUUGAGAUAUCGUGCACGAGCUACACUGUCUCCCCAUCGAAUCUCCCAUGGUACCGCACCAAGAGCAGGAAGACAGUCAAUGCCGGAACGUUUUUGGUGCUGGGAAAUUGGCUCGGCAAGUCGAAGGUAGACGACAAACGUCUCCACUACACCCCGAGCGAUGAGCUCCUCAAGGACAUAUCUGCAAACCCCUUCAUCACCCACGAGCCCGACCACCGCGUCAAGAAACGCCUCAUGACGGCCGCUAAGGGUCCGAACACUGCGUUGACGUCGCAGAACACUUUGGUGUCCAAGGAGCCUUCUACAUCUGCCUCGCGGAUCAACAAGGGCAAAUGCAAGAGACCAAACGCCAUGAAACCCUCUGGCGUUUUGCCAGGACAGCGCCCGGCAAAGCGGCUUGCGAGGGUUGAGCUACCUGUCAAAUCAAAACGCCAGAAGGGUGCGACCAAGAACGCGACAGAACACGAAGAAGCCACUAAGUGCCUUGAGAAAAAGAGCAUACAUGGAAAAGUGAAGGCACAGGGAGGCUCGGGCAGUGCGCUCUACGAGAUUAGGCAAAAGUUGAAACUGGCUCGUAAGAACGCCCGUGAAGUCAAAGUGCUACGAUCGGCACUUGCUCGAGCGCAGAACGAGAGGAUCACGCACUUUCGGAACUGA